AUGGGACUUGUUUCAAAGCUAGACAAAUUAAAGAUUAAAAGCAGUGACUCCGAUAAGGAACCUUCAAUGAAGUUUUCUCAGCUGAAACCCGAAAUGGUUACCGGAAAUGAAAAGAAUGAGAAUACGGAUGAUAUCGAUGAAGUAGACAACGAAGGAAGUUCAAUUAUCAGGGCUAUCAUAGCGCAACUUAAGCCCGGAUGUGACCUAACCAGGAUUACACUUCCUACUUUUAUUCUCGAGAAGAAAUCGAUGUUGGAAAGAAUCACCAACUUCUUCCAAAUUCCGGAUAUCAUGCUCCAAGCCAAUAACACGGAAGAUCCAUUAGAAAGAUUUCUCUUGAUCACCAAGUGGUAUUUGGCAAGUUGGCACAUUGCCCCCAAAGCUGUUAAAAAGCCGUUGAACCCCGUACUAGGGGAGAUCUUUGCAUGUUAUUGGGAUGAUAUGCCUGAUGGAAGCUCAGCUUAUUAUCUUGCGGAACAAACUUCACACCAUCCUCCCAAGUCAUCUUACUUCUACUUGUCACCAGAAAAUAAGAUUAGAGUUGACGGGAUUCUUAUUCCAAAAUCUAAGUUUUUGGGAAACUCCUCUGCAGCUAUGAUGGAAGGUUGGGCUCAUGUGACACUUGGUAGAUGGAGUAACGAAACCUACAUAAUGAACCAACCAAAUGUAUACGCAAGAGGAAUUCUUUUCGGCAAACUUCGCUAUGAGUUAGGUGAUCAUAUGAUUAUCAAAUGUCCGGAUUCUGGCUACGAGGCUGACAUUGAAUUUAAGACGAAGGGCUACAUUUCAGGUACUUAUGACGCAAUUGAAGGUAAAAUUAGGAAAAUUGGUAGUCCUGAUACAUUAUUUACCAUUACUGGGAAAUGGAAUGACGUGAUGGAGAUUAAAAACCAUAAGACGGGUAAAAUUACCACUUUCUAUGAUACUAACAAUUCUCUGACACACAAGCCUAAGGUGAGACCGGAAGACGAACAAGCUCAUAAUGAAUCACGCAAAUUAUGGGGCCCUACAAUUAAGGCCUUAGCUAGGAGAAAUCAUACAGAAGCAACAGAUGAAAAGUUCAAAGUUGAAGAUGAACAACGUUCGCUUGCUAAGAAACGUAUUGAAGAUGGUGUUGAAUUCCAUCCCAAGUUUUUCCAGCCAAUCACUCUUUCAGACACCACAAAUGAGGAAUUAGAAUACAUUAUUUAUAAGAAGUUUGAUUUAGACAAUGAUCCAGAAACUCUUAAGAAUCGUUUAUUCGAAGUCAUGGCUUUUCUUCCUGGACAAACACAUGAUGAAAAAUUUGCUAUACCGGCAUACAAAAAAGUCAAUCAUUAA